AUGGAGGUGCCCGGGGCUGCCCCUCAGCCGUACUUGGGGCUGGUCCUGGGAAAGCUGUGCAGGACUGUGGCAGCAUUGCCUGAAGACCUGAGACCGGGCCCUGGUUUUCCGUGGGAACUGGUGACAUGUGCGGCUCUUACUGGAUUUUUGAUUCUCUUGUUUUUGUGGAGAAGUGUUCGAUCGGUGAGAAGCCGGCUUUAUGUAAGAAGAGAGAAAAAGCUUGCUGAAAAGCUUUCUGGACUAAUUGAAGAAAAAUGUAAACUACUUGACAAACUUUGCGUUGUUCAAGAGGAGUAUGAAGGCUUGGAGUCAGCUGUGAAGGAUGCCAGCUUUGAGAAGGGGUCAACAGAAGCACAAAGCUUGGAGGCAACCUAUGAAAAGCUGAGCAGCUCCAAAUCUAAACUUGAGGAUGAAAUAGUCUUUCUAGCAAAAGAAUUAAAGGAACAGAAAUCUAAACAUUGUGAGCAAGAUGAAUUGAUGGCGGAUAUUUCAAAAAGGAUACAGUCCCUAGAAGAUGAAUCGAAAUCCAUCCAGUCACAAGUAGCUGAAGCCAAACUAAUCUGCAAAAUAUUUCAAAUGAAUGAAGAACGUCUGAAGGUGGCAAUAAAAGACGCCUUGAAUGAAAAUUCCCAACUUCAGGAAAGCCAGAAACAGCUUUUACAAGAAGCGGAAGUAUUGAAAGAACAAGUGAGUGAACUUAAUAAACAGAAAAUAAUAUUUGAAAACUCCAAAGUCCAGGCAGAACGAGUUCUGAGUGAUAAAGAAAAUCACAUCAAGUCUCUGGCUGAACGCUUGCUCAAGAUGACAGACUGGGCUGCUGUGCUUAGAGAAGACAUGAUGGCUGAUGACUUGGAAUUGGAGAUGAAGAGCGAAUCACAAAAUGGUGCUCGCUUAGAUGAUCCGCCAGAAGGAGCUUUGAAGAAACUGAUUCACACUGCUAAGUUAAAUGCUUCUUUCAAAACCCUAGAAGGAGAAAGAAACCAAAUUUACACUGAGUUGUCUGAAGUAGAUAAAACAAAGGAAGAGCUUAUAGAGCAUAUUACAAAUCUCCAGACUGAACAAGCAUCUUUACAGUCAGAAAACACACAGUUGGAAAGUGAAAAUCAGAAGCUUCGGCAGAAACUUAAAGGAAUGACUGAACUGUAUCAAGAAAAUGGAAUGAAACUCCACAGGAAGUUAAUAGCAGAGGAAAAGGACCGGUUAGAGAAGGAGGAGAAACUUUCCAAAGUAGAAGAGAAGAUGAGCCAUGCAGCUGAGGAACUGGAGACCUACAGAAGGAGAGCCAGAGAUGCAGAAGAAGAAUUGGAGAGAAGCGUUCGUUCUUAUCAAGGGCAGAUGACUUCCUAUGAGAAAGAAGCGCAUGGCAGCUGGGUGGCAGCUGAGACUGCUGAAAGACACCUCAGGUAUUUAAGGAAAGUAAAUGUUUCCAAGAGACAAAAAUUAGCUGAAAAAGAGUUUAAAUUUGAACUUUUCAAAAAAGAUCCAUAUGUAGUUGAUGUUCCAAAGACAGCAUUUGGAAGAGGCUCAAGAGGCCCAGAGAAUACUCUGGAUCACCAGAUGACCAAUGAAAGAGGAGAAUCGGGCUGUGAUAGGUUAACCGAUUCUCAUGGACCACCACCUCCAUCUGGGUUCCUGUCACCUCCGUGGGAACAACACCGAAGGAUGAUGAUUCCUCCACCAGGCCACCCAUGUUCUGAUCCAGCUCUUCUUCCACAAAGGCAAGACGGCUUUGAUCCUAAUCCUGGUGGACCGUCUGGCCCAGCAGAACUGAGAAGUUUUCACCUGGCUUCUUUGGAUAAAGUGGAUGGGCCAAAGCCCUCACAAACGGAAUCCAGCAGAAAUGAUACCAAAGACGACCUUGGUAAUGUAAAUGUGCCUCAUUCAUCUGUGCCUGCUGAAAGGGAAGCAAGUGGCCCUGGCUUUGCUCCUCCACCUUUUCCUGCAAUCAGAGGUCCAUUGUUUCCAGUGGAUAGGAGGGGUCCAUUCAUGAGAAGAGAACCUCCUUUUCCUCCACCUCCUCCAGGAAGCAUGUAUGGAGCUCCUCAAAAUUAUUUUCUACCAAGGGAUUUCUCUGUCCAGCCACCACCUCCAUUUGCAAUGAGAAAUGUCUAUUCACUGAGGGGAUUUCCUCCUUAUGUUCCUCUAGGAGCUGGAUUGUCACCUCCACCCCCACAUUCUGAAAGUAGGGGUGAGUUCCCUUCAGGGUCGAUUCCGUGCUCAAAUGAGCCUGCUCCUGAUCCAGAAGCACAGCAAGAAACCUGA